UAAAAAAAAAAAAAGAUAGACAGAUAGCUCCGCACUGCACGAUCGCGUCCCCUUCUCGGCGGCGGAAGGCGAACGAGCGAGGAACCCUAACCCUAACCACUUCCGAUCCGCAAGGUAGGCUCCAAUCCCCCGAUCCGCAAGGCCUGCGACGAUGGCGGCUUCCCUCCGCGCAGCAGCGACGAGGACCCUGCGUCCGGCGGUGCUUCCAGGCGGGGGGCUUCGCCGGCUCCUCCACACCCACCAGCGUUACGAACCCCCCCGGGGAUACCUUUCGUCGCAAAUCCAGCAGAAGAAAGAGGAGCUGUACGAUCUCAUUGCCCUCGCCAAAGCCAAUUCUGCGGCUUCCCGGGUGGACAAACUUCUGUUCAGGUCUCUCUGUAACCAAGUCGAGCCGAGACCACAUGACCCUCAAUGGCGCCACAUAAAAAGGGUUGAUAAGAUCUGCAGUUGGAUUAUGCCGACAUUUGUUUUUGUUAAUAUUGGGGCCACUCUCUGUGCCAUUGCUGGCCGUGCUGGAACAGACGGAAAUCUUUAUACCACUGAGGGUGUGCGCAGGCCAGUCGAGCUCAGCAGCCUGCGUGACGGUGUGCGCAGGCCAGUCGUGCUCCGGCGUGAGGGUGUGCAGAAGCCAAAGGACUAAGGCGGGAAACCUGACUUGAGGGUGUGGUCAAGCAAGUGGAGCAGCCCAGAAGGAAAAAGAAAAAGUGCAUCUUGUUUGAUGGAGAACAAGACGUAUACUCCCUCCGUCCCGAAAUUCUUGUCUUAGAUUUGUCUAAAUAUGGAUGUAUCAAGUCACGUUUAGUAUUAGAUACAUCCGUAUCUAGGCAAAUCUAAGAUAAGAAUUUUGGGACGGAGGGAGUAUAAGUUGGUGGAUAUAUGGUCUAUGAUCUGCCACCUAGAACUUGAGCAGUAGGAUUACUAGAUGAUGAUUCGUAACAGCAUCGUGAUAUAUUUGUGAUGUUGCUGCAUGAAAAUGAGUAUGCAACUUGAGAGUAGUUUUAUUACUGGAUGAUCUGUGAUUCCGCUGUAACAUAUUUCUGGUAUGUUAUUCCUUCCGUUUGAGCGA